AUGGCAGGGCAGCGGGCCUCACAAAUCAACAACGGCAUCAUCACCACCACCGACAUCAUUGUCGACAACGAUGUUCUCUCACCGCCACCAUCAUUGCCACCACCACCAGGCCGUGCCCGCUAUGACAACAUGUACAUCGUUCAAUUCCCAAAAGAUCAAGUCUACCGUGUUCCACCCAGCGAGAAUGCAUUGAUCGUUGAACGUUACCGUAACGUUCCAAAAACCACCGAUGUAACAAGUCGAAAUUUUUGUUGCUGUUGUUCCCUUCGUUUCUGGCUCACAAUUGCUAUAAUCCUCGUUACCAUCUUUGCCAUUGUUGGAAUAGCCAUAGCCAUCUUGUUCUUCAUUUUCAACCCAUCCGGACCCACUUUCGCUGUCAACCAUAUGGAUUUCAAAAACGUUACCGGGCCACCAGAUUAUGAAAUAUCUUUGAGGGCUAAGAACCCUAAUCACAGGUUGGGAAUGAUUUACGAAAGUUCCGAGGUUUCUUUGAUUUACGAGGACAUUGAGGUUGGCACAGGAAAAUUUCCAAUCUUGUUGGAACAAGGGAGACAUGCUAUGACACAGUUUAAGGUUGAUGUAACGGGAAAGCGCCCAUUGCCCAAGAAAAUGAAGACCACAGGCUUGGAUUUUGAAUUGGAUACGAAUCUUUGUGUGAGGAUUACGGCUUUGAAACUGAGCACGUGGAUUAUGAACGCUAAUGUUGUUUGUAAGUUUAAGGUUAACAACCUUGGGAGCGAUACGAGAAUCUUGUCGCAACAAUGUGACACUAAUUUCAGACAAUAUUGA